GGAUUUGAAAUAUAAGUGUGUAUAUGCAGGCUAAACAUAUAACUGACUGGUAUGAGGUUACACACUCAUAUUGUUGAGCUUGCUCAGGUAGACUUUAUUCAGUGAGCUGCAUUUACGUGUAGAGAUAUUUGUCUUCUCCCUCAUCUUGUGAUCCAAAGGCUGAGCAAAUGUCUCGUCAAAUCGUUCUCAUGACUGGCUGCUCAGCGGGUAUUGGUCUUGCCACAGCUAAACGACUCUCAUUGGACCCCGAUCAGCGAUACAUCGUCAUCGCUACCAUUAUCGCGAUGUCGGAGAAGAACGAUUUGGUAACUGCUGUAGGGGACGCUCUCAACAAAACAAUUUUUAUUGAGGAAUUAGACGUGACGAGGGAUACUGACAUCACAACUGUAGUUGAGAGAACCCUCAAAGAAUACGGGAGAAUAGAUAUCCUUCUCAAUAUUGCCGGUAUCUGCUCCGUCAAUAUUCCCGAGCGGGUACAGAGGGACAUGAUGGAGAAGAUGUUCAACGUGAAUGUGUUUGGUGCGAUUAGACUCACUCAGGCAGUCUUACCUCAGAUGAAACGAAGAAAGGCGGGAAAGAUCAUAGUCAUGUCAAGUAUAGCAGGAAGGACAGCAUGGCCUUAUUUUGAAAUAUACAGCUCGAACAAAUUCGCAUUGGAAGGAUACUUUGAAGCCCUUGCUGUUGGUCUACGUGCAUUUAAUAUCAGAGUUUGUCUCGUCGAGCCCGGAGGAGUUAAAACUCAUCUACUGAGAGAAUCGGUAAAAAGCGUCGAACAUUUACUCCAAGAUGGCUCCAUCGAAGAAAGCGAUCGGCGUCAGCUCGAAGGAAUGAUGGGUAUAAUCGGCGAAGAUCAGGGCCCCACCAAAGUCACGUCUGAUACUGUCGCCGAGGCCAUAAUGACAAGGUGUCUUGACCCUGAGAAACCGGCGUUGAGGCAUUUCCUUGCUGAUGAGUUUUACGAGAACGUACAAGCGGGGCUGGCAGAUAUGACUGGAGAAAAGGCUGUCGCAAGUUCGCAGAAAAUGUUCUGAUUUCUGCACAUCCACACUGCUAGAGAAUUUUAACAGAAGUUCCUGAUAAAACAGAGUUCCGAACGCACUUGUAAUCUUACUGUACUCUGUAAUCUUACAUUCAAUGCUAUAUAUUAGAAAAUUGGUAUUUGUUGUACCGAAACUUAUACAAAUUUCCUGUAAUGAAAGUUCUUUUUGCCUUUUUUAAGACCUGAAUUGCAGGAAAUGUCCUAUUUUAACAAGAAUUCUGUUCAGUUCCUUUUUCUUCUGUUCUUUAAAAUACCUUCUGUUAAAUCAUCUUUUUUAUACAGUGUAGUAUAUGGGGAGAAUAAAUAAUACCCUUUUUUAAAGGUGGACCGAGAAAGUUCCCUAUAAGUUUACUCGACCAGUUUUCAUCGCACGUCGACAUCAACCUUCGGUUGUAAAGGUCAAGUCCACCUUAGAAAAAUGCUGACUUGAAUAAAUAGAGAAAAAUCAAACUACCACGAGGCUGAAAACUUCAUCCGAAUCGAAUAUACAGUGCGUAUCAAAAAAAAAGUUUACACUUAGAAAAAACCCUGUAAAAUUAUAUAUUUGAAAUAUC